AUGGUGCCAGCACCGCCGCCUCUGCCGAUGCGGUUUCCGUGCUGGUGCAGGGCUGUCUACUCAUGGGGAGGAGAGAGCAAGCGAGACCUCGGCUUCAUCGAGGGCGACUUGAUUGAAUGUCUGAAUGCUGGCGAUGGUUCAUGGUGGACAGGCAGAUUAUGGCGCGACAGGCGGACUGUAGGCGUGUUUCCGUCCAACUUCGUCGAGGUGCUUCCCUCCGAUUUUCGACCGACGACGAGGUCUGCAAGUCCUCUACCCGACCAGACGCCCAGCCCGAGCACACCUCAGAAAUCGAGGACGUUCCGUAAGCCUUUCGAAGCGUACGCCAAGGCACCGCACUACACCGCAGCGAAGCAGCCCGAGGUUUACCGAACGAACCCCAACCCAAGGCCUAGAGGGCACUCGGGAGAGUCCAUUCACAGCGCGGUACCAGAGAGCAGCAGGAGGGAUCGCUCUCCGGCACCUUCAAUGCUCAGAGACCGAUCACCGGCGCCUUCUGCCCUCCUCUCACGAGAGAACUCUUUCAAUGAAACUGCCUCGACUAGAAUGCGAGCAUACACAACGCCUCAGCCCAGCGGUUACGUAUCGCGGGGCAACUCCUUCAACGACGGCGCACAGCAGUACAUUCCAAGAGGACGCACUCCGGUAAAUGACUACCACCGAUCCAGGACACCAGUUCCCGAGCAUCAUCGUGGCAGAACGCCUAUUCCUGAACACCACCGAGCCCGGACACCAGUUGUGGACCACCAUCGGGCGAGAACGCCCAACCCUGAUCACGACUUGCGUGCGAGAACGCCCGUUCCCGACUAUGGUCAUGGAUCACGAGCGAACUCUUACAACACCGACAGAGGGGCCUCGCCCAUACCUCCGCAUCACGCCUCAAGAGAUCCCUCGCCAGCCCCUUCGUUCAGCUACAAGCCGUACCGACCUCCCCAAGGGAAAGUUGACUCCCCCCCGCCUCCACCACCCCCACCGCAUCGGCACGUGGGUGCGCCGCGACACAAGCAGAGCAUGUCCUACGACAGUCGGCACGAUAUCCCUCGUCAUGGGUCCAACUCUUCCUUCGAAGAUCGUUUCAACCCGCGGCAUGGGUCAAAUAGCUCUUACGAUAAGCGGACAGAUCUCGUACGUCAAGGCUCGAACGCCUCGUACGAAAACCGGCAUCCUCCUUUGGACAGGCAUGGUUCGCACUUGUCAUACUCCCACAGACCGCCAGCGAUUCAAACUCAACGGAUGCCAUCUCCUGCUCCACCCUCCCCAUCAGCCAGUCAUAUGACCCCAUCGCCAUUGCGGGAAGCUAUGGACGGCGUGAUAGAGCAAUUGGAUGCUCUAGGAAUGCCUCGAGACCCGACACCGGACCCAGCAUUGGACCCGUGGUCACCUGAGUCCUUCAAUAUGGUCAAUGACCGUCAACGAAGGAAGAAUACUUACCAGCGACCCCUGACUUCCAUGGGUAUAGCACAACAGGACGAAGGAUACGAGACUUGGAGCGGUGGAUCCUCGCGCGAUCAAUCCUAUCAGAACGGACAGAGCGGACACCGAGAAGACAAAGAGCAACUGCCUCAACUCAGUAAUUACGUCGAGCGUAUGGAAAGCCGUCUAAAGAAAAUGCAUCAACACAGCGCAAGCAUGGCUGACCUUGAGGACGAGGGACCGAAGCCGCCCCCGAAAGGCGCACUUUACGAGAGACCGAAAUCAUCCAUGGGCGGACCGGAGGAGAGGAAGCUUCGAGGGCGGAAGUCGGCUUACGAUAUUGGCCGGAACGUACUGAACAGGACUUUUACGACCAAGACCAACUCAACCAGCGCAUCGUCCGGCAAUCAGAGCUCGACGACCCAGAGCAGCGACAGGAGUUUAAUGAGUGGAUCCUCAGCUGGCGCCAUUAGCGCUACAAGCGCCGGCAGCUUUGCUCGGAAGACCCAGAAGCGUGCUCAGAGUGCCCUUGGGAUGCGUGAUGCUGAUAUCGAACGACCGGAAACUCCCUUCACAGGGGUCACUUACCACAGCAGCCACGCAUCCGAUGUGGCUCGUCCGAAAUCGCAAGCUGGCUUCCUCGAGGACCCAGGGCUUGGAGGGCUCGUGACUCCAAAGCCCGCCAAAAGAAGCAUUUUCAAGAAGCUUCUCGACACGGCCAAGACUGGAGUCGCCUCCGGACGCAGUAGUAUUGCCAUGGGCGGUGACUCGCCCCGGUCGUCUCCUUUCGCUCGCUCUAUGCCCAACGUCGCUUCCCCCGCUGGAAAUGCCAUCUCUAACAUUACCGGUAUGGGAAGCACUGGCUUCGGUAGGGAAGCAGCCAGGGAAAUGGGUAUGGCGAAUGGAGUCGACUGGGUGCAGGUCCGCAGAGAUGUCAAUCGAUCCAACUCUCUGAGCAAAAACGAACGAAAUGAACGGAGAGAUCGCUGUCAGAUGCUUGAUUACCCAGCCCUCAACCCCGUCGACGAGCUCUAUGACGGCAUUGAAGGUGACGAGGGCGCGGACGGCUCACCAGUCGAAGAUCCCAUUGAUUAUCAGGCAUUAAAUCUCACCCAAGUCGACAAGAACUCGAGAUUCAUAAGCAGCCUACCACCAAUGACAACCGCGGUUUCUCUGGCGACGACCUACGUAUGUCGCCCGUACCGCAGCGAUGUCCAGCGAAUGCGAGCAAUCUUUACCUGGGUGUCCGAGAAGAUCUGCUGGGAAGAGGACUUUGAGGGGGAGAUCAACACCAGGCGGGUAAUCCAGUCGAAGCGAGCUUGUGCGGAAGAGUACGCUGCUCUGGUACAAGAGAUGUGUACCGCGGUAGGCAUUCAUUGCGAAAUGGUUCGCGGGUACCUCAAGACGCCAGGCGAGAUUCCAGAACACAACAUCAUGCCUCGGGCAAACCACUGGUGGAACGCCGUAUUGGUCGACAAUGAAUGGCGUAUGGUGGACUGUUGUAUGGCUAGUCCAUCAUACCCAAGGCGACAUCUCUAUUCCAGUGCUGGCAGUGGUGCAGCUGACUCUUGGUGGUUCCUUGCAAGGCCGACCGAGAUUUGCUGGACACAUAUCCCUGAGCACCACUCUCAGCAACACGUCUGCCCUCCGCAAGCACACGAGGUGCUUCUCAACCUGCCUUGCGCCUGCCCUCCCUUCUUCAAGAACGAUCUCGAGAUGGUCGACUAUAACACAGCGGCGACUCGCAUAGAAGACCUGGAGAUGGUGCAUAUCAAGUUUAACGCUCCAGCUGAUGUGGAGGUUGCAGCAGAGGUUGAGGUCCGAGGCUACACGAGGGAUGUGGACGGCGACGUUUUCGAGAGCGGUGAUGUGGUGAAGAAGAGGGCGCUGGCCCAAGCCGAAUGGUUCAACGGUAUCAAACGAUACACUGUCAAGGCUCUGCUUCCAGGCGACGAAGGCCAAGGAACCUUGAAGAUUUAUGCCGGCAAGCGUGGCCUGAUGCAUAGCAUCAAGGACAUCCCUCAUCCGGUGGCCUUCGCCCUUCCGAUCAUUCAUACGGGAGAGAACCCUCCCUAUGAGUUCGUGACAAGGCAUCCCACACCUCACGCCCAACGCCACGACAUUUAUGUUGUUCAGCCCCAAUGCCAACGUCUGGCUUUGAACAACACCUUCGUCUUCGCGAUCCGACAGCACCCUAGCUCUUUGGCUAGCAGUGGGUCGCCUAUGACACCAUCGUCGAACCCCGGAGGCGCAAGCCCGAUCCCGUUCGCGAGACCCAGCUCAGCCUUGAGUAUGACCGCGUCGAACGUCAGUGGAUCCAACGUCUCCGGCAACGGGUCAUCAGGGAAGAAACCGGCAAAGCUUGCCAUUCAGACCCCCGGUGGCAAGAUUCUCCGUCUUAUGCGGAAGGAGGAUCGCCGGGGAAUCAGUGUCGGCAGCAGGGGGAUCGAUGAGGAAACCAGCGAUGGUGGUACGUGGGAGACCAUCAUCAAGUGUUCGGAGAAGGGAGUGUGGAGAGGUCUCGUCUUGGCAGAUCGCACCGCUCGCUGGUGUGUAUUUGCCGAAUGGGUUUGCGUUGGUUGA